CGCGAUACCAAGCCAGUCCGGCGCUGACCAGCGAAGCUAUCAGUAAAUUUAUAAACAGUUACCUACAAAAUCAUAAUGAAGAUCGCCUUAGUAGUUUUUGUAGUCGCCCUGUCAGCCAUUUACGUGGAAAGCAAGGAUCUCAUAGUGGGCACCAGUUUUAACAACAGAUUGCUGUGGCAGGAGAAAGCUGAAUAUAAUGCCAUCCCGCUUAAGAAGAGAGUUAAGGAGGUGUUUUUCUCUGAUCCUGGACAACAGAUAAUUAAGGGUAUCAUCGCUCGCGACCUUGACCACACGGAGGCGAUCCCCAGCGUGACGGCGGGCGGCGUCGGCUUCUCGUACGCCAACAUCCGGCUCAAGUCCGAGCGCGGCUCUGGCCUCAACUACCAGAUCGAGGUCUACGUCUAACACGAGAUUACAGAAC